UCAAUAUUUGCUCCUCAAACCUCCUCUCAGCGUGCAUCCUAUAUACUGCGGAGUAUAUUUAUAGUCAGUACUCUGUUAAAAAAAAAGCAUUAAUUUCUUCAGUGAUCGAGAGAUAUCUUGUCCGCAGUAGCUGUUGAUUCUUUUUUUUUUCCAAGAAUUUCUCAUCUCCUUUGGUUUGCCAUGGAUAGUGCAACAGGGUUGACCAUCAAGAGCUUUGUAUUCCUUGAUUUCGAGACCAGUCAUCUGCACCCUACAGAUCGCCCCAAAAUCAUUGAACUGAGUUUGAUUGCCAUCAACCGUGCUGGUCUUCUUGACCCAGACGUGCUUACGUCAUUGAAUCUUGCCAAAAAUCAUGAGAACUCUACCUUUGACUUAUCCAAGGUUUCGUUACCCAGAAUCGUUGAUAAGCUGACGCUGUGUUUGGACCCAGGAAAGUACACAAGUGCAGAUUCUGCUCGUCUCACCAAGUUGGACAAGGAAAAACUCGAUAACAACAAGAAGUUGCCGUUUGAUGAAGGUGUGGUCACCAUGCUCAACAUAUUCUUGAGUCGGCAGGAUCAACCGGUUUGCCUGGUUGCACACAACGGGAUGAGAUUCGACUUUCCGAUACUGAGAUCAGAACUGUCAGGUCUGACUAAGGGAGACCCCCCUGCAGAACUUUAUUGCUUGGACACCUUAAAGGGAUUCAGAGCAGGAUUUGCGACGGAGACACAGGGAGUUAAGGAAAAUGCAGAGAAAAUAAUUUCAAAACAAAGUUCUACUGCAUGGAAAAGAAAGUUGUCUGAUUUGGAAUGCUCACCCCGUCCCAAACGUCAACGGAUCUCCUACACUCUUGCGAAUAUCUUCAAGAGGACAUUCGAGAGGCAACCACCUCACUCACAUUCUGCAGAAGAUGACGUGGUGUCUCUGAUCAAGGUAUUACUUCCGGUGAAAUCUGACUUCGUGUCUUGGGCUGAUGAAAACGCUUCACCGUUCAAGGAUUGCAAACUGUAUUAUGCCACCCAGCCAGUCCUGUAGUCGAGUAGUUUCGGUGGUCGGAGGUCGAUCAAGUCCGGCUUCAAGUCAACAUGGCCAUGAUGACCCAGGUCCAACGGAAAGUCCAGGUUCAAGUCAGCAUGGUCUGAGACUGAUGAUCAAGUCCUAGUUUGAGUCAGCAAUGAACGUGUUCGAUUUUAACAUAUUAAAUCUGUUGUUUACCCCUGACAUUUUAACACUUUGAAAUCAUACCACAUAUAUUCUCCGAAUCAACAAUCGCUUCAAAACAAACAGUAAUUACUUGAUGACCCCCCAAAUAAUAAUGAUAAAGAAAGAAUGAAGAGAAAGCUUUAAUAACUUUGAUAUUUAUGUAUGAUUAUAGUCAGGACUCGUUUGCAAUCAUCAUUCUAAUUGUAUUUUUAAAGCAUUUUAUGUAUCAAAAUAAUUAAUGAUAUUUGUCAUUUCAUUAAUAAAUACUGUGCCUUUGUUCGAUAUUGCUAUAAGCCACUGGCGGAUCCAGGGGGGUUACAGCCGGCCCAUGCCCCCCCCCCCCCCUUUGAGAAGCAAAAUUUUUAUUUUUAUUUGCUUGUUAAUUUUUUUUCGGGGACGUAAUAUCCUUCAUUUUUGGUAAAAAAGUUUUUUUUUUUUUUGCUUGUCAAAUUUUUCCUCGGAAAUUUGUGCCCCCCCCCCUUUGGAAAAUCCUGGAUCCACCCCUGCUAUAAAAUAUGUUCUUAUAUUUCGUUGCCUUGAUUAUAGGCCCACUAGCUGAUACAUUAUCAUAUUUGCUGUAAAAAAAAACAGGUAUCAGAGUGCGUAUAGAGUACUCAAAAACAAUUUAUUAUUAUUCCUAUUAUUCAAAGGAUGUAUAUAGGCUCUUUAAAAAAAAAGUGCACACCUAGUUACCAAUAAUGCAUAUAGCAUUUCCAUUUAUUUGGAAGCAGGAUAAAAGAGCAUUGUAGAUUAAAUGCCUUGCUCGCGGGCAUAGGUGCCGCGGCCGGGGAUCGAACACUGGACAUUCCAUGUCCACUCGGCCACGGCACCUCUACUUUGAGAAGAAGAAUUCAUCACAUAUUUCUUCUAUGCAAGGGCAGCUGUUUAUAGUAUCUGAUAUCCUUUUUGGAAAGAUAAAUAAAGAAUGAUUGAAUAUAGAAGCAAAUACCACAAUACAAGAAACGACAUGGCAUCAUUUAUAUUGACAAAAAUCUUUGCAAGUUAUGGUAUUCAAAUCAGCAUUAUUUUGCCGUGAUUGUAAUUUGAUUAAUUUGAUUAAAACUGAAAUACAGUACAAUGCAGAAAGAUGAGAAAACUGGGUUUUCUGCAUGCGUGUAUGGUUUCAAAAUUAUUGUAUUGUAUCAUUCCACUAUAAUGCAGUGUUUCAUUUCUAAUUCCAUUGAUUGCCGAUGGAAUAAACUUUAAUUCUGAUCUGAAUAAAAGAGAUGGUCUAUUUUUUUCUAUAA